UACAACAGACAAUCUGGUUGUUUUGGAAACAUAGGAAGCUGAUCUUGUUCUCUAUUUCUGUGACUUCUUGCCUGAAAUUUGACUUCGUUUUGCAUCAAAAAUGGCAGGGAAUCGAAUACAUCUAAAACUGGAUCAUAGUGCUGCAGCUUCUAUUGAUCAGUACUUGGAAUAUCGAAGGAUUGUUGGUGAAGAUGAUGGUGGAACACUCUUUACUCCUGAAGAAUAUGAAGACUACAUGAAAAGAGUGUUACCCAUGAGAAUGAAGAACAGGCUUUUCGUUAGCUGGACAGCACCUAAUGGUAUGGACUGUAAGAUGAUCGGCCCAGAAACAAUGUGUUUCUGUAAUCACAGGUACAAACAGCAUAAAACUGAUUAUGAGACAAUUCCAGAGACCAGACCUAUCCCAGUUCCUUGUCGUGUUAGCGGCUGUAAAUGCAAGAGUUAUCACUAUGUACCAAAGAACAGCACGCAGCCAAUCAGAUGCCAGUGCAAGCACUUUGCUGAUGAGCAUUCAGAGGUGGUCCCAUACAAGUGCUCAAAAGGCUGUGCAUGUAAAAAAUUUAUAAGUUCCUACACCUGUGGUUGUGGGCAACCAACAUAUGCUCACAAGACAAUCAUUGAGACAAAGGAAGAACGCACAGCUCGUGGUCACCCUGUAGGUCAUGAUGUGCCUUAUGCUGCUAUGGGUGGAAUUACAGGUUUCAGUUCACUGAUGGAUGGCUAUAUGCGCUUGGAUGACAGUGGAAUUGGACCACCGCCACUACAUUUGCUGGAGCAGCCAGUGAGACCUGAUGAUCACCCAUUCCUUAGAGCACACACUGGAAUGGCUGGGUUGUCACUAGAGGAUGGAAUGGGGAAUAAUGCAGGACAGGUGGCACGCAGAACUACAGAGGAAGAAGAUAUGGCUUAUUUUGAGAAAAGAUACCAAGCAAGGUUGAAGGCAGAAAAAGAGCAAGCCAGACUGCAAAGAUCUCCUCAACCAAAAAGAUUAACAGAGGCGGGUACUGUGCACCAGAGCACACGUAGUGCUGCCAGGAGGACUGCACCAAGUAAAGCAACAUCAGCUACCAAGCCUGGUGCAUCUUCCAGAAGCCCUGGGACCCAGACUGGGAGGCAGAGCCACAGAAGGUGAAACAAAGAAUAGGAGGAGACGAUUAACGGCACAGCGUUUUGUUUUGUCAGUCUGUAAAGGAGAUGAGAGCACAAUACCACGUUGGCUGUGAUCCACACAAACGUGGGUCUCAUGGUGAGGCUGUUUGUUCUAACAGCAUGACCAGAAUGAGCAGUGCAAUGUGAAGACUGCGGGCCAAUUUUGCCCAAACCACUGUCUUGUGAGAAAACAUCAGAGGAGAAACAGUUGCCUGCAGUCUGCAUUUAACUUUCCUUAACCAACAUGAGUAAAGUUCAUUCCAGGAUCACAAACAGCAAGCAACAGUGCACAGCGUGUGUCCGUGCGUGUGACUACACCAUUAAACUGUACAUAUGCACACAUUUCCACUGGUUUUAAUAUCUUAUUUUUAAAUGAAUAAAAUGAAAUAUGCAAAAAACUGAAAAUAAAAUUCAAAACAAAAGAACUUUACAAUGAUCAUUUAUACUAAUGAAAGUCGCAUGGUUUCCUUCUACAAGACAUGUACAUUACUAGCAACUUUAUGAUAACUUCGAAAUAAAGCUAUGACGGGCAAAAACUCGAGAUAUACAACUGUUAACCAGCUUAGUUAAUUACUUUUUGAAAAAGUUCGUUUUCGUGGCAGCUACUUGCCUAAAAAAUCCAGUUGGCCAAGAUAUAAACAACAGCUGAAACAGCUGCAAGACUUAAAUUUGGACAGCAUCGUCAUUUCUACUAAGAUCACGAAUAUUUCCUUCAAUGAGUAGGUAAUUUGUUCCUCUUAGAACUACAUGUACAAUGAACGUGUCAAGACACCAGGAAAUAAGUCUGCAAAUAGCACGCGAUCCACGUCACGAUAUGUUAAGUCGUUUCUUUGUGAUCAACAGCAUAAUCAACGAGAGAAAUAUUGAAAUAAUGCUUUUCUUACAAAGAAAACAUUAAAGGCCUCGUCCACACCACGCCGGAGGAAUUUGAAAACGUAAGUUUCACUGUGAAAACGCUUCAAAUGUUUUCCGUCCACACUACGCCGGAGGAAUUGAAAAACGCAAAAAAAUCACCGAUCAUUUUGGAUUUGUGUUUGAGGAGAACAUCACAUGUUUAUCGUAACGUCAUCCUUUUCGAGAAAAAGCUCCGCUGUCAAAAUGUUUUCCGUUCACACGAAAACGAAAAGCCGUCGUUUUCAAAUUCCUCCGGUUUAAAGAGCAUUUUCGAAAGGCUCCGUUUUCGUGACGGAUUAGUGCGGACGGUAGGCCUAACCGAAAUAAAUCUGCGUUUCCAGAUUCAUCU